GAGAAGAGGAGGGAGGUGGAGGGGGGUGGGGUGCGCGAACCAGGCCACUCGCUACGGCUGGGUCCGGCGAGGGUAGCACGUCGCCUCAACCCCUCCUCUUUUCCUCCUUAUUUUCCCCGUCUUAAGGCCCCUACACGUCCCAGCGAUGGCGUCGCUGCUGCGUUUCUCGGUGACGUGCCUCGACGUGGGGUCACUCGGGGCUGGGGCAGGGCGGAGUCACCUUCUGAGCUCGGUCCGCGGCCUCAGAACACGCCCACGCCUCCUGGAUGCCGCCAAGCCCGCUGAGCCCAUCCCCGGCAUCCCGUACAAGAACAUGACCAUCGGCGUCCCCAAGGAGAUCUGGCAGAAUGAGAGGAGGGUGGCCCUCGCCCCGGCCUCCGUGGCGGCGCUCUGCAAGAAGGGCUUCAGCGUCAACAUUGAGGAGAACGCGGGUUUGGAGGCCAAGUACUACAACAGUGCCUUCGAGGAGGCCGGCGCCAAGAUUGUGGACCGCAACUCCGCCUUCACUUCAGACAUUGUGCUGAAGGUGCGGCAGCCUACCACAGAGGAGGUUGCACUCUUCAAGGAUGGCGGCUCCCUCGUCUCCUUCAUGUACCCCGCCCAGAACAAGGACCUGCUCAACCAGCUGGCGGCCAAGAACCUGACGGUGUUCGGGAUGGACUGUAUUCCCAGGAUCAGCCGAGCGCAGGUGUUUGAUGCCCUCAGUUCCAUGGCCAACAUCGCCGGCUACCGCGCGGUGGUCGAGGCGUCCAACCACUUUGGCCGCUUCUUCACCGGGCAGAUCACAGCGGCCGGCAAGGUACCCCCGGCGAAGGUGCUGGUGAUUGGCGGUGGUGUGGCCGGCCUCGCAGCUGUCGGCCAGGCCAAGAACAUGGGUGCCAUCGUGAGGGCCUUCGACACCAGGGCAGCCGUCAAGGAACAGGUCGAGUCCUUUGGGGCGGAGUUCCUGGAAGUGAAUAUCAAGGAGUCUGGCGAGGGCACGGGCGGGUACGCCAAGGAGAUGUCCAAGGAGUUCUACGAUGCUGAGAUGGCGCUGUUUGCCAAGCAGGCGAAGGACGUGGACGUCAUCAUCAGCACGGCCCUCAUCCCCGGCAAGAAGGCUCCCGUUCUCAUCAAAAGAGAGCACAUUGAGGCCAUGAAGCCUGGCUCCGUGGUGGUGGACUUGGCUGCAGAGGCUGGCGGCAACAUUGAGACCACCGUGCCCGGCGAGGUGAGCGUGUACAAGGACGUGACGCACGUUGGCUUGACGGACCUCCCCUCGCGCCUGCCCACCCAGGCUUCCUUCCUCUAUGGCAACAACAUCUCCAAGUUCCUCCUGUCCAUUGGUGAGAAGGAACACUUCAACAUCAACCUGGAGGACGAGGUGGUGCGCGGCUCCAUCAUCCUGCAGAAUGGCCAGCUCAUGUGGCCCCCCCCACCCCCACCUGAACCCUCCCCCGGCGCCGUGGCUGCCGCCCCAGCAGCAGCAGUAGUCAAGGAGCCUCCCCCGCCACCCAACUACUUCAACAUCACAUUGAAGGAUGCCUCUACCUAUGCUGCAGGUUUGGGCUCCCUGAUGGCGCUGGGCAUGGGCUCGCCAAACCCCGCCAUGACACAGAUGAUGACCACCUUCUCCCUGGCCGGCAUUGUCGGCUACCACACCGUCUGGUCCGUCACCCCGGCGCUCCACUCCCCCCUCAUGUCCGUCACCAACGCCAUCUCAGGCAUCACUGCCGUGGGUGGCCUGCUGCUGAUGGAUGGCGGCUACUACCCCACCAACGCCAUCCAGACGCUGGCGGCCACGGCGGCCUUCAUCUCCUUCAUCAACAUCUUUGGUGGCUUCCUGGUCACACAGAGGAUGCUGGACAUGUUCAAGAGGCCCACUGACCCCCCAGAGUACACCUACCUGUAUGGCAUCCCAGCAGCUGUCUUCCUUGGAGGCUACGCUGCCACGGCCGCCAGCGGUUACCCUGAGAGCCACCAGAUGGCCUACCUCGCCGCCUCCCUGUGCUGCGUGGGUGCCCUCGGCGGCCUCUCCAACCAGGCCACCUGCAGGCUGGGCAACACCCUCGGCAUUAUCGGUGUGACUGGCGGCAUUGCCUCCACCAUCGGAGCGCUGACACCAAGCACCCCAGUACUGGCACAGAUGGCCGCUGCUGCUGCCCUUGGAGGCACCAUUGGCACCACCAUUGCCAAGAAGAUUGAGAUCUCUGACCUGCCCCAGCUUGUUGCCGCCUUCCACAGCCUGGUCGGAGCAGCUGCUGUGCUCACCUGCAUCGCCACAUACCUCCACGACUUCCCUAACUUUGCCACCGACCCUGCUGCCAAUGCCAUCAAGACGGCCCUCUUCCUCGGCACAUACAUUGGCGGCGUGACCUUCAGCGGCUCCUUGGUGGCCUACGGCAAGCUCCAGGGCAUCCUUAACUCCUCCCCGCUGCUGCUGCCUGGCCGCCACGCUCUCAACGCCGGUCUCCUGGCUGCCAACGUUGGUGCCAUGGGCUGGUACAUGAUGGACCCCACCCUCAACGUCGGCCUCUCCAUGCUUGGCACCACCACUACACUCUCCGCUGUUAUGGGCGUGACGCUGACCAUGGCCAUCGGAGGUGCUGACAUGCCUGUGGUGAUCACGGUGCUGAACAGCUACUCCGGCUGGGCUCUGUGUGCUGAGGGCUUCAUGCUGAACAACAACCUCAUGACCGUGGUGGGCGCCCUCAUUGGGUCGUCUGGUGCCAUCCUGUCCUACAUCAUGUGCAAGGCCAUGAACCGCUCACUCCCCAACGUCAUCCUGGGAGGGUUCGGCACGUCGUCCACUGGCGGGGGCAAGCCCAUGGAGAUCACAGGCACCCACACCGAGACCAACGUGGAGCAGACCGUCGAGAUGAUGGUCAAUGCCAAGAACAUCAUCAUCGUGCCUGGCUACGGUCUGUGUGUCGCCAAGGCCCAGUACCCCAUUGCUGAGAUGGUCGACAUCCUCCGCAAGAAGAACAAGAACGUACGCUUCGGCAUCCACCCCGUCGCCGGAAGGAUGCCUGGGCAGCUCAACGUGCUCCUGGCUGAGGCUGGCGUGCCCUACGACGUGGUGCUGGAGAUGGACGAGAUCAACGACGACUUCCCGGAGACUGACCUUGUGCUUGUCAUCGGCGCCAACGACACUGUGAACUCUGCUGCGGAGGACGACCCCAACUCCAUCAUUGCCGGCAUGCCUGUCCUCAGGGUCUGGAAGUCUAACCAGGUCAUUGUGAUGAAGCGCUCGCUGGGUGUUGGCUACGCUGCCGUCGACAACCCCAUCUUCUUCAAGGAGAACACUAACAUGCUGCUCGGGGAUGCAAAGAAGACCUGUGACGCUCUGCUGACUAGGCUCAAGACUCACUACGAAGAUUAAAUAUGGCCUCUUCUUUCUUAUCCUAACCUGACUCCACUCCUACCCUCUUUUUUUGCCCUCCCUUAUCCUCUUCCUUCCUCAUCCUUCUAUGUUUUCAUUCUGUAGCACUGUAUGACUUGUGUUGCAUUGAUGUUUUAAAUGCUCGAUCAGUAACUUUUUUCAUUAUUUUUUCUCCUGCUUCUCUUCCUGUCCUCUUUGUCUCUUCUGCCCUACCAUUUUCUCUUCCUUCUAUAUCCUAUUCUCUUGCACUUUAUGACAUUAGUGUUGCAAUACUGUCCUUAGUUUUUAUGCAUCUUUUGGUUAUUUGCUUCUGUCUUCCCUUCUUGGUAUUUGUUGGUCCUCCUUUUCCCUCCUUUCUCCCUUUCUUGGCACUCCUUGGUCUCCCUCUCCCUCCUUGCAGUACCAUUCCCCACCAUCUCAGCUCCUGGUUAUAAGAGGUCAGUAUUCUUGUGCUGAGCCUGUUGCCGUCACGUUGUUAUCCUUAUUUGCUCAUCACCGCGUAUUAUUAUUGUUACGACUUUUACCCCAUUUUCGUCAGGUGACACGCUAUGCAACAGGUCUUACUUGAUUAACUGUGUUGCGUCAUUCGAGAAUUAUCGGAAGGUGAAGUAGUCGAUUUAUUUAGAGUAUUUCAACUUUUCAUUUUAUUUUGAAUCUCUAGAUGCAGGGAACAAUGUAAUAUAUCCACCAUUGCCCUUAUAAGUUCCCCCUUGGCAGCCUGUAAGAAGUAGAAGCUGCCUUGUUCAUGUAUAAAGCCCCUGAUCCUCCUCUAUUCUCCUCCUCCUCUCUCCUCUACACCCUGUUGUAAAAAGAAUACCGAAGCUGUAUUUUUUCUGGCAUUGUCCCUCAGGUUUCUGGGUUAAUGCGUGUGGUGUUUCCGGGCCUAGAACACACUAGUAGCUAAUUGGUCAAUGGCAAAACUCCCCUUAGGCUCCUGUGUGAGUUUUUGGCGCGUGCGAACGUGAGAAUGAACGUGAGAGGUUGAUAAACAAAAAGUCUUAUUUUAGUGUAAACAAUUAAAUAUGGAAAUACUA